GAGCCUUCCAUAUUUCUCUGUUUACAUUUCGCCGAUUUACCUCCUAGCUGUAUUUCUAGAUUACGAUGCACUAGACGCCGAAGGCGGCCAAACACCUCCCUAACGGCCAUGCAGGUUACUAGGCCCACGUGAAGCUCCUCAACAUGCUGGCCUCCCUUCUUCGCCCGAAAGCACGGCGCGGGCAGAUUGAUCAGUCGCAAUUUUCUUCCCCCUUCACAGCGAGAGACCAUUCACCAUGGUUCGGGGCGCGACGCGGUCUGCGAAACACGCGUGGGGCCGACUCCAGCGACGACGAGCCAGAGCUCGAGGAUAUCGAUGAGGACAUGGGUGGGCACUGGGAGAGAGACGAGGAGGAAGAGGACGACGGUCCUAUAGAGUCAACUCCGCUGCUCCCAAUCUUCUCCUCUUCCCAUUUGGAUGCGCUUCCCGUAUACGAUAUCACCAAUGCCAUUCGUCCCUUGAUCGCCUCACGAUGCGAAACUACACUGACCUGGGACCAACUCCGCUCCCCCCAGGUGUCGCAGUUCCUGGUCAAACCUAUCCAGCAGCAGAUCAUGUCCGAACAUUUUUCGCGAGCCACCCUAUAUGCCCUGAUGGCAAAUUGCCUGCAGUUCGAGAAGGAGAUCCACGUCAAUCCGGGAAACAGCGGGGCAAAUCAGACGCGCGCGAUGGUCAGCGAACUGCUUGCGAUCAAGCUGUUGCGGGAAUACACGACUCGCGAGUUGAUCGAUGCGCUAUCGUAUGACUUUGAUCCACUACAGGGCCAGGAUUUGCCCACAGCGUGGACAGUCGGCCCCCAAGGGAAAGCGGCGGGCAGCGCUCGGAUAUCCUGCCUGGAGGUGGCCAUUCGCGCGCAGGCCAAAAGGUUCCUGGCGCAUCCAGUAGUCGUGCAACAGUUGGAAGCUAUAUGGGCAGGGACAAUCGUCUUUCACUCUGCUGCCGAUCAUUUGCAUCGACCUUCGAAUCGAUCGUCUAUGACAGAUUUUAACUACGGGGCUACCACAGGUCAAAACGGGGUCCCGAUCCAGGCUGGGAAUACCCCCUUUCGGCGCUCUGUAACCUUGUACAACCCCCGAAAUGCGUCCUUAUUCAAGCUUUCACGGUUACGUGUCCCUCGUUAUCGUCAGUUCCUAUCGACAAUUUCGUUCGCAGUCUUGCUGGGUCUGUUUCUGGCUGUUCUUGAACAGCGUAGUGGCCGUAUCACAUCUUUGGAGAUUGUGUUUUGGUUUUGGAGUGCGGGAUUCAUGCUCGAUGAAAUUGUUGGUUUCAACGAACAAGGUUUCAGUCUUUAUCUGAUGAGCUUCUGGAAUCUGUUCGAUCUGGGGAUUUUGCUGCUCUUGCUUUGUUACUAUUGCCUGCGCGUCUAUGGUGCCUUCCUGACGUAUCCAAGGAGCAACCAGAUAGCCGAUCAAGCGUACGACAUUCUGGCCGCCAGCUCCGUUCUCCUCUUCCCACGCCUGUUUUCGAUCCUCGACCAUUACCGUUACUUCUCCCAACUGCUGGUUGCGUUCCGAAUCAUGGCCUCCGAUCUGAUAGCCGUCUUUGUGCUCAUUGUGAUUGCAUGCAGCGGCUUCUUUGUCGCCUUCUUGUCUUUUGGAAACGAUAACUCUCCUAAGACCGUCGCGUAUGGCUUAUUUCAACUAGUAAUGGGAUUCACGCCGACUGCGUGGGCGAUGUGGGAUGAUUACAACUUUCUCGGCAGGGCCAUUCUCACGGUCUUUCUGUUCAUUUGUCACUUCGUGAUCGUCACGAUUCUGGUUUCCGUACUCUCGAACAGCUUCCUGCGGAUCGUGAACAACGCUGAGUCUGAGCAUCAAUUCUUGUUUGCUGUCAACACAAUAUCUAUGGUCAAGUCAGAUGCACUGUUCAGCUAUGUUGCCCCGACAAACGUCAUUGCUUGGCUUGUUACGCCGUUCCGAUGCCUGAUGCCUUUUCGUGAGUAUAUCAAGCUUAAUCGGACGAUCAUUAAAGUCACACACUUGCCGGUAUUGUUCACCAUCUGUCUCUACGAGAAGACCAUUCUCAGCGCCCGUGUGAUGGAGCCGAUGGACCUGGUUGAAGCAACAUCCCGUCAGCAAACAUCGGCUCAGACCCGACCUAGUCGAUUCCAGGCAUUUGGCACAAGGGCACCACGCUUGAUGCGUGAGCCAUCCAUAGCUACAUACCAGAAAGAUCAGGCACUGGAAGAAGUUUUUCGACAGCAAACCACUAGCGAACGAGCUCAGAAUAGGCCGGGUAGCAUGCAUAAACGCCAAACCAAUAACGUCAUCAAAGAUUGGAUGCAAGAGAUCGGGUCUGUUCCAGCUCAUACCCCAGACGAAGAAGACAGGGCGAUCGUGGAUCGGCUUGAGAUGCCAUUGCGACGACCUCAUUUGCCAAUGCGGAAGACAAUGGAUUCACAUGGGCGCAACUUUACAGAAACUACUCGAUCUGUUGCAGCAUCAAAUCCCGAAGAAAGAGUCAGUCAUUUUGCCAAUCCAGCCUUCUAUCUCCGACGGGGAGAUUCGAUCUCGCCUACACGAACCCGCCUCCUGUCCCAGCACACUGAUAUGGAAGGAGACGAUGAGCUCGACAGCGAUGAUGGCUCCCAUGAAGAUCAUUCAGAAAAGGCAUCAGUCAAUGACGAUGCCCAUCCGAUUGGAAGUUCGGAGAAGGCAACCCCCAAAUUCUACAGUUCCCGACCUUCUACUGCCAGAAUUAUAUCCAGACGAGAAAGCCCAGUACGCCGGCCCAGACACACGCGCAAUAUCUCCGGGGCUACCAUGCUGUACAACCCCGUUGAUUCCCCGAAUGAAGAGACCGAAGGAAGAACGACACCUCCCCGAACCCACGAGGACUCCUCAGAUGACGAUCAUGCCCCUGGUAUGUCAACGUCAGCGAAUAUUGGCACAGUGCGACGACACGCUCUCAACGCCGUCCUCUCACGUAACCCCUCUCUCGGCUUCAAUCACAUGUCAGUCCCAGAAUUAGAAGGACUAUAUCUAUCUGACCGUCCAAGAUCAGGACGACGCCAACGAUCUCUGCUAUUUGAUCUGGGAUCCGAUUUAGGCGAUAACAAGGCGGUGGCCGGUGGCUUUUCGGGUGUGAUCCCAUCCAGCUUCAACACCCAAAUGGCCCUCGCUACCGGAAAUCUCCGCCGGGACGGACCCAGUCAAAGCCAAGACAUGCUUAGCAAAUUGGUACUUGCCCGCAUGAAUAACAUCGAAGAGGGAUUCCGCGAGGUCAUCAAAGAGGUCAAAGAUCUCCGACGUACAGGAUCCAGCCGCAGUCGCAGCCGCAGCCGCACCCGAGCGGGUGAAUCCCACCCUCCUACACGAGAGAAAAAGAAGCGGGGAGAGAAAAAAGAUACGAAAAAGCGGAGACCACAAUCUGAUGGAAGUGGGCGAGGUCGCGAUGGAAAACUGUCUGAGCGUGUAAUCCAGCGAUCGAGUUGA